CUUCUGGCGGCGCCGCGCGGCCCCCGCCGCCCCCGCCGCCCCCACCGGCCGCCGGGCGGGCGUGCGGCUCGGGUUUCCCUUUCUUCGCCUCGCGGCGCCUGGGGCGCGACCCCCGAGGCGGCGGCGGCGGCGGCCACUCACCAUAUUACAGAUGGAGGCGAUGUUUCGGACAGUCAUUAGUCUAAAGGUUGCAGCGAUCCCGCACCGCCAUCUUUACAAGGGCGCAGCCGCGGCUUCUUUGCAGCGGGUUCGGGCCCAGCCUGCGGCGGCAACAGCGAGUCUCAGAGCGACGGCGGGCCUGGGGAGCCUGUCUCCAACGACUGCGGGUGCAGAGGCCUGAGCUGUAAAGCGCAGGUUGAAAACUACGGGUAGAAGCCAUUGAAGCUGGAAUGCUCUGAUGCUGCUGCUGUUUGUUCAGAUGUUCUCAGUUUAGAUAGAACAUUAUGCCAUUUUGGUGGGGUUAGUCCCUUCACUUCCCUGUUAUAACCUGUCAUGAAGUUUCAUAAGCAAGGAGCUGAGGAGAUUGCUGUGGAGAGACUUGGAUUACAAGUCGGGAGGGAGAGCCGGAUUCGAGCCUUUGCACCAAACACGUGCUUGGGAACCCUGCGGGCGCCACUGACUCAGGCCCGGGUCACUUCACUUCACUCAAGAAAGGGGGCAUACCUGCGCUUACAGCUCAGGCCGCUGCACCCGCAGUCGUGGGAGACAGGCUCCCCAGGCCCGCCGUCGCUCCGAGACCCGCUGUUACCGCCGCAGGCUGGGGUUCGCUGCAAAGUAGCCGCGGCUGCGCCCUGGGGAAGCAAAGCGCAAACGUGUGGCCGCGCCCGGGCCUGCCCGCCGGGAAGCCUCCGGACGGCUGGGCGCAGCGCGUGUGGCUCGCGCGGCCCCGGGACGGGCACGGCCUUCCGCUCCCCGCUCCCCCUCCCCAGGCCGCCGAGAGCUGCUCUACCCCUGCGCUCCGGCGGCCGGGAGCAGCGGAGCUCCGGGCGGGCAAAGCUCGAGGGGACGGGGGGCAAGCCCAGCCCCACCCGGGCCCGCGGACCGGCCGGGCGCCCUCCCCGCCGCAAGAGGCCAAGAGACCGGAGACCAGGGUAACACUCACCGCCCAACUCCGUGCGACAAAGAGACCCACGACCCGCGGAGACCCAGC